AGCUACUAAGCUCGUCGGCCAACGGUUCGAACAAGUAAAAGUUUGAUUUCUCGGCAGUCGGCGAAGCGGCAGCUUUCAAUGGCGUCGCUCUCUCCAUCAAUUCAUUCGCCUUGUAAUUUGAAAUCUGCAUUUAUUGGAGAGAGAUGUGGGAUACGUGUAUUGUAUCUUCCUGCCUCUAGAGCGGGACUCCUAAGUAAACCAGUGCAAUGCAAAGAAUCUAGGAUUGGAAAAAGGCCAAUUGAAGUGCCUUCUAGUGUGAAUGUCACAUUGGAAGGGCAAGAUUUAAGGGUGAAGGGCCCAUUGGGUCAACUUUCUUUGACUUUACCUCGAGAAGUCAAACUGGAGCGACAGGAAUCUGGACAAUUAAGGAUGUACAAAGCCCUCGAGACGAGACGGGCAAAUCAGAUGCAUGGUCUUUUCAGAACCCUUACAGAUAAUAUGGUCCUUGGUGUCUCAAAGGGAUUCGAGAAAAGAUUACUGUUGGUCGGCGUCGGUUAUCGCGCUGCAUUGGAAGGAAAGGAUCUGGUUCUGAGUUUAGGGUUUUCACAUCCAGUCCGAUUGGCAAUUCCAAAUGGUUUGCAGGUGAAAGUGGAAGAAAGCACGAGAAUUAUAGUGAGCGGUUAUGACAAAUGUUCUAUUGGCGAAUUCGCUGCGACUAUUAGGAGCUGGAGGCCGCCGGAGCCGUACAAAGGGAAGGGAGUCAGGUAUGCUGACGAAGUAGUGAGGAGAAAGGAAGGGAAGUCUGGAAAAAAGAAGUAGAAAUCAGGUGCAAGUACGGGGUAAUUAUGGAUCUCCAGUGUGAUAGAUGGCAGAGUUCCAGUUAAGUUGGGGCAAUGUACAGUAUAGUGGGAGCUCUUCCUAUUAAAUUCUAUGACUCAAUUUGCUAGUUUGGUGGCUAAAUUGAAGGGUAAUGCUCAGAUUGAGUAGAGACUUUUGUAUACUUGUGAGAGUCUGAUAUUAAGUAUGUUUGUACCUUAGUUUUAUGUUUUUGAUAGUCAUUGGGAUGUUUAUAUUUUGAUGAUAGAUAGAUUAAAUCAUGAUUGUUGUACGUAUUUUAUUUUAUUGUAUUGUAAUAUGAUUUGAAUGAGGUUUGGAUAUUUUUAU